AUGGCGGAGAUGGCGAAGAUGGACAAUCUAUCUGCUUCGCAUACUAUCGCGCAUCUUAUGAGUCAGUUCUCGCGAUAUGGUAUUCCGGAUAAAGGUCCACAAUUCGCGAAUAGUGCCUUCAUCAAGUUCGCGAAGGAAUAUGGGUUCGAACAUGUGACCACAUCUCCCCUUUUUCCUCAGGCCAAUGGACAGAUUGAAAGAACUAUACAAACCGUUAAACGGAUACUACUCAAAUCAGAAGAUCCGUAUAAAGGUCUCCUAGCAUAUAGAAACACAACCUUAGAAGAUCUUGGUUUGUCACCAGCACAGAUCUUUCUCAACAGGAGGUUAAAAACUGACAUACCAACUACCUCCACCCUCUUAGAGCCAGCCACCCAAAGUGGCAUUGAUGUCCGCGAACGUCUGAAAACGCGAAAGGCUCGACAAAAACAACAACAUGAUCGACAUGCUGGACCACCUCUACGGAAUUUGUUCCCUGGAGAAAAGGUAGUGGCGAAACACCAAGGACAAUGGGUCCCAGCAACGGUUGUCGCAAAACAUGUGGCGCCAAGGUCAUGUGUAAUCGAGUCCGCGUCGGGUCGCAAACUCAGGAGGAAUCGUUUACACCUCCGCCCCACCAACGCGUCUAACAUCCCUACCCAGAAGGAUUCAGUACCAAUCAACAACAAAGUCCCUGGACAGGAUGUGGAACCACAUGUGGCACCACCUCCAUACUUGGCGGAAUCAACAUCCCAUUCUGGAGACACCUGCACACCUGUGGUGACCAAAUCAGGCCGCGUCGUGAAAUCGCGAAAUCCCAUGAACUUGUAA